AUGUUGCAGAAACUCGACGCCCCAUCCCGCACUUCGGACAGCCCUCUAUACAAGGUGUGCGAAUACUGUGUCAAGAAAAAUUGCGACUUUGGCACUGCCUACGCUCAUUUACGCCCCCAUCUGUAUGGUAUCAUCAGUAACGGACAAGUCAGCGAUAACAUGAAAGCACUGGAGGAUGACAAGAAGAUGCGACAAAAUCUGCUCAUCAAUAAACAGAUCACCAACGGCACUGCACCACCUCGGCGGGUCUGGGAUCUGGUUUCUAAUCGGGUCGUGCCAUGGUGGGUUGCCCGCAAAUUCCCGUGGGCUAUAUCGCAUGCUUGGGUGGAUAAUAAGGACCUCAAGAGAGAGAUCACAUCUAUAAACGGAUAUAAAUGGCCGGUGCCAAUGCCGAAAUAUGCCGACCUUGGCCUGAUCAGGAUCGAAAUGCUGAACCUUGGCGCGGAGUAUGUCUGGUUGGAUGUUCUGUGUUUGAGGCAAGAGCGAAAAGAUGGGGACCCACUGGGUAACGCAAGCAAAAAGAAGGAGGCUCUGCGCAAGAAGGAGUGGAAAGUCGACCUGCCAACGAUCGGAUGGAUAUAUCACAAAGCCAAGAAUGUGGUGUGCUAUUUCAGCGGGCUGGGUCGGCCCCAGAGUUUCAAGCCUGGCGACUUCGAGAGCAAUCGGUGUUGGUUCAACCGAGCGUGGACACUUCAGGAGACUAGGGAUGAUCUGCUCGUUGCCGGGAAGACUUGUGAGCUCAUGACAGAGGAUAUGCGAAAGCUGUUCGAUGAAAAAUUGGCAUCCUUGCGGCAGAUGCACAGAGAAGACUCGAUACUUGAUAUCCUGUCACAAAUGCAGCAGCGGAAAUCAACCAAUCUUGGGGAUAAAGUCGCCGGAUUGGUAUACCUCUUCUACUCACAGUACAUACCUAUCUACGAUGCGGACCAGUCUGAAGAGGAUGCCUGGACCAAACUAGUGAAUAUCACGCAGAUUUGGAUUCUAGGGAUGUGCACCCUCUUUUUCUGCUACCCUGGACCUGGGAAUGGAAACAAUAUCUGGCAUCCAUCAUGGAAGCAAUUAAUGGCGGAGAACCUUUCCGGGCUGAUGUUGUCGUUGCCAUUGAACAGAUAUGACCGCCGGAGCGUAUGGGUCGACCGGAUGAAGGGAGAUGGAGACUACUAUUUUGGUCCCCGUAUUGACUCUUGCAGAGUACGGGGAUUGUCUGACGAAUCAACUCUAGAGACGCCCCGACAUGGAAAAUUAAACAUCAUUGAUCGCUCCGGAGAAAAGCACACCUUCGAAAUUGUCGCCAACCAUGCAUUCUCAAUGCCCGAUGAUCUGUACACACUCAUAGGCUUCUUUUACCCUCCCUAUUUCAGUGUAGCGGUCAUUGGGAAAAUAGAGGGGCCCGACAUAAAGUUUAGGAAAGUGUCGGUGAUCAAUAUAGGUGAUCGAGAAGCAGCGACGAUUCGCAGCCUUGACGUCAUCGAGGUCACUGAGACAUAUCUUCUUUGA